AAAAAAGGGGAGGUCAACUUUUUCGUCUUCUGCCCUACACAGUACACAGUAUAUACAUUUCUCCAACUCUUCACUCUCCUCUCCACACUCCACUCCGAAAAUCAAAAGAUUUUAUUUUUGAAAAGAAUGAUGAUCAUCCAAAAAUGCAGUUUCAGUUUCAUAUUUGAAGCGGCGUUUUGCUUUCGUAUUCGACGCAUGCCGUUCUGCUUCUGAACCUGUCACAGUACAUUGCUGUUACUCUUUCUUGAAAUACUCUCACUUCGAUUCUUUUAGAAAUCUUUGAAAUUUGGGGGGUGUUUAUAUCUGGGGUCUGUGGUAAAAGUGGCUGUUGGCUGAUCAUAAAUGGCACCACCCAAUGCAAAUGUGAAAGCGGCCUAUCGUGCGAUGGCAGGUCUUGGGAUUUCUGAAUCACAAGUGAAACCAGUACUAAAGAAGCUCCUUAAAUUGUAUGAUAAAAAUUGGGCACUUAUUGAAGAAGAGAAUUAUAGAGCUCUGGCAGAUGCCAUAUUUGAGCCUGAUGACGAAAAUCAGGUCCUAAACCAGAAAAGGGUUCCAGAACAGAAAAAGAAAAAGAAGAAAGUUAACGAAGAAGAGAUGGAGAACGAAGAAGAAGCUGAGAUGAAUUUGGAGUCAGCCCGCCCUUUGAAGAGAGUGCGUCUAAGAGGCCAAGAGAGUCAGUCUUUGCAUCCUACAGCUAGCUGUUCCCCCACACUUGCCACCUCCCCAUCAAAACAAUCUGACACAUCUGGUGGAAAUUUGAGAACUGAAGUGCACCCAGCUCCAACACAAGAUGUUAUUGUUGGCAAGGGAAAACAACCCGUGUCACCCGAUCUUAAUCCCAGAAGAAGGAGAUUGAUAUCUGAAUCCGAAAGAGCAUCCCAAUCAGUCCCUUCUAAAGAUCCAACAGCCAAACCAGAGCUAUCAAGUGUUGGGGGCUCAUCAUUGAACAAAAAUGCAGCUGGAAAGCAAAAUGGUCAUGUCAAUAUGGCAUCAUCACAAUCCACAGCUGGAGAUAUUCUUCCUUCCUCAAAUGAAAGAGCUACAUCUAGUAUAGAGAUAGCCUCGUCUACUAAGGGAGAGGUAAAAAUUUCUCUGAGCUGCAGCUCAGCUGUUGGGGGACCAGAUUUUCAUAUGCCUAGUCAAGAUCAAAUUCUAAAAAUGAUGGAGGAUAAAUGUCUGCAUUCAUAUAAAAUCACUGAUCCGAAUUUUUCUGUUCCGAAACUGUUGAAAGAUAUAUGUGACUGUGUCCUGGAAUUCAAAAUCUAUUCAGAUGGUUCCCAGGAAGGAGCUCUCAUAAGAUCACGGGACGAUAUGUUAAAGGAAUCUGAGACACAUGGCACACUGAGUGUCACAAGAAAUAAGGAUUUGGAUGCGCUUUCUCUUCCACCAAGUGGAACAAUUCAUGUUGAGUCUUCUGCCACCUUGCCAUCUCCCCGAAAUCCCUUUUCUCUUGCCAACCGCACUGGUCAGGUUGAUGCUGUACUGGUUUCCAGGGAUGCUAUACAUCAUUUGUCAGAAAAUGAUGAUGGAAUGGAGUUGGAGGAUCCUACUUCCUCAAAUUCACGCAGUUUAGUGGUUGUUCCACAGCAUGAACUUACAGCUGAUGAUAUACGGUCGAUUCACGAUGUUAAUGACCUCACAAAAGCAGAGGAAAGUGUUCAAAUUUCAUGGGUCAAUGAAGUUACUAACGAUUUCCUGCCCCCUUUUCACUACAUACCCCAAAACCUUGUGUUCCAAAAUGCUUCUGUGAACAUUUUGCUAUCUCGUAUUGGGGAUGAGGACUGUUGCUCAUCUUGUGUGGGAAAUUGUGUCUCAUCACCUACACCCUGUGCCUGUGCAAACAAAAAUGGAGGGGAAUUUGCAUAUAAUGCACGAGGCCUAUUGAAGGAAGGCUUUUUGGAAGGGUGCAUUGCCAUCAGCCGUAACCCUAAACGAUAUUACGCCUUUUGCAAAGACUGCCCAAUUGAAAGAUCUAAGAAUGAUGAUUGUUUAGAACCAUGUAAAGGACACUUGAAGAGGAAAUUUAUUAAAGAAUGUUGGAGCAAAUGUGGCUGUGGGAAACAGUGUGGCAAUCGGAUUGUUCAGCGUGGAAUAACUUGCAAUCUGCAGGUAUUUUUCACUCCGGAAGGAAAAGGAUGGGGUCUUCGUACUUUAGAAGAGCUGCCAAAAGGUGCAUUUGUGUGCGAAUUUGUUGGAGAGAUAUUAACUAUUAAAGAGUUGCAUGAGAGGAACAUGAAACAUGCUGUAACUGGGGAAUAUACAUACCCGGUUCUACUGGAUGCAGAUUGGGGUUCAAGAUUUGUGAAGGAUGAAGAAGCUCUAAGCUUGGAUGCUGCUUCCUUUGGUAAUGCUGCUAGGUUUAUCAAUCACAGGUGUUAUGAUUCUAACUUGGUUGAGAUCCCUGUUGAAAUUGAAGGCCCAGGGCAUCACUACUAUCAUUUUGCCUUGUUCACUUGCAGAAAAGUAGCAGCAAAGGAAGAGCUCACUUGGGACUAUGGCAUUGACUUUGAUGACCAUGAUAACCCUAUCAAGCCGUUCCAGUGCAAAUGUGGAAGUAAAUUCUGUAGGAAUAUGAAGCGUUCAAAUAGGUCAGUGAGGUCUUCACCAUCAAAUGCAAGAUGUUCUCUUUGAACAACCAACCUUUUGUGAACUCUCGAUGAGUUGUAUGAAACCUAACCUUCUAUACUGGUGCAGCCAAACCAAAAAGGAAGUGUAGUUUUAUGAUAUUUCACGUGUCACUAUUUUGGUCCUCCAGAAGUAGAUACAUAUACAUGUAAAUGUUUUUAAUGUUGAAUUGUGACAUCAAAUUGGUCAUUUUGGAGAGUCAACUCCAACAAAUGGCAUUUAAGGACCAGUUUGAUUGAGUUGUCAUGGAAACACUAUCUGGAUUCGUUAAGGUUAUAACAUCAUGGCACUUCUAUGAAA